AGACCUUCUUUAAAUUUCUACGUCGAUGAAUACCUGACUGGAAGGUAAAUUUGAGCAAAAUCUCUUAAGUUUAGUCGGGACGAGCAUCUGGAUUAUUAGGAUUGUCUAACUUGUGUGAUUCCACAUCGAUGCCUCAAGCUCAGCUCUGGUGCAUAGACGUAACGGGUGCUCCCACCGUCGUGACCAAGCGCAUUUUCUGCAUCAAUUUCGAACCGAGUCACAACUUUGAAGACAUCAGAAACGCCAUUGCCAAAGAACUCGCCCAUCAGAAUCGAGAUGUCAAGCCUUCGGAAAUCGUCGCCUUAGAUGUGUGGAAGCUCGAUCCAUCAAUUUCUCGAAACGAUGCUCGAUUCAACGAAAACACUUCAACAACUUAUACAGACCUCAAAGAACAUGUCAUGACCAUCAGCUCCGAAUCAGGAAACAUGGGCGAAAUCUAUCUCGACUUGCCGGAAGAUGAAUCUCUCCACCUUAUCGUAUCGCUCAAGGGGGCUCCAGAAGGCGAGUAAGUCCCAAGUCCAAUCCCAGCUUCUGAAAAGUUAACUUGUGAGAAGCGGAAGGAACAAUCGAUCUCUUGUGUUCUGAACUUCUCGAUAUUAAAUUUGAAGAAAAUCGCGCCAAACAUCGCGAAUGGCUUGAUUCUCUGGGGGAUCAAGGAUUCGAGGAACGGAUAGAUGUGAUUGCAAAGCGUCGGAAGGGAGAGGACCCGUUUAAGGAGAUUCCCAUUGCGAUUCUUCAUCCUGCUUUUGACCGGUUUUUACUGGGUAUGCAUGAUCCGGAUUUAGACAUCCCACCAGAGCUGUAUUCAGAGGCGGUGGAAUUUUCGUCAACGUGUUGGCAGGUUUUCGGGUCGAAGAAUAUGGAUGAACCGACGAAGAAGGCGAAGAAGCUUCAGGCAAUUGAAAAGAUGCUGGGCUACCAAUUGUUGAAGAGGACAAAAGAGGGAGCUGCAUUCGACGGUCUUCUCCUAGUUGAAGGCAUCUAUCCUGCGCUUAUCUUCCUCAGCGAAGAUGAUAUCGGGGUUCAGUUGAUGGGAAGAUGCGAAACGUUAUAUUCGAAAUGCAUGCGCCUCGCUUCGCUCGACGAUGUACGCAAAACCAUAUCUCUACCCUGUUUUCUCGUCGUCGUUUCUGGUUCUCACAUCUCCGUCGUGGGUGCAGCUUGUCCAAGCAUGCACCCCUCAAUCGAAUACCUCACGGGAUUCUAUGUGUGUACUAGCAUGCCCAGCGAUCCCGGUGCGGUUUUCGAGAACAUAGCCAAGCUCUUUGCUUGUCUCCGUCGUUCUAUCAACGUCCUAACGGAAUAUUACAAGGACCUUCUCUCCCUCCUUCCAUGUCUACCGAAACGAUACCUCCCGCUCCGGAACACGUUUACUACCCUAGAUGGACAACUGAAAAGGAUUAACUAUUCGAAUCUCCAUAUGUUGGGCAAAAACAUCUGGACUGGCACAGUAGACACCCCUGACAGCUCGUCCGUUCCAGUCCUCGUCAAAUUCACACGACGUUAUUGCGCUGCUGCUCAUAACCUCCUCAAAUCUGCAGGAUUAGCUCCUAAACUGUAUCAUUACGAUUUUGAGCCGUACCAAGUAGAAGAAGACGGCAACGACGUGGCCCCCGGGCUUUUUUAUUGGCGGAUGAUCGUGAUGGAAUAUAUAUCCAACGCGGUGACUCUGUACGAUCUCACAGGCACAGCUUCGGAUGCAAGGCAGAUUGCGGAGCAUCUACGGCGUGCGGUUGAUUCACUGCAUAUGAACAAUUAUGUUUUUGGGGACCUGAGGCCGACGAACAUUAUGGUUCAGAUUCUCGAGGGUAAGGCUCAUCGUCAUAAAGGUGAAUCGGAGGAGGAGAGGGAGAUACGAGUGGCGUUGGUUGAUUUCGAUUGGGCGGGGAAAGAUGGGAAGGCGAGAUAUCCAUCAGGGAUCUCGUUUGGGGGAACUAUUGCGUGGCCAGAUGGGGUGAAACCGAGAGGGUUGAUUACGAAGGAGCAUGAUUUGUACUGGUUAAGGACAUGGACCGAUCUUUUGGCUUAAAAUCUUCUUUUUUGUGAAAAACGAGUUUUAAAGUACAUACGGUUUUUCAGCAUACGCUGUGCAGUGUGACACUUACAGAAAUGAAACUCGGAC